CCUGAAGAAUGGCCUGUUAAAAAUGACAGCUCUGUAUAGCAGUGGAGAGAGAAAGAGAGAGAGAGAGAGAGCGAGAGAGAGAGAGAGGGGGUAAAUGGUGAUCCCUCCCAGAGCUCCGUCUCCGCACUCUGCGGCGCUCUUGCCUGAUGGUCACAGCGGAUUGCGUCCCCUCUUUUCCAGAAGCCUUCAAAGAAACGCUCACAUCCCCACCCACGCACGCAACCCGGCUCCGCCGCCUCCAAGCUGAGAACCUCCGCCUCGCGUUUCUGGCCGCUCUCGUUGUGCCGCGAAGUCGAGGCUUGCUUCUUUGAUCAGCGCCAGUGAUGGAAAGCAGAGAGGAGGUGCUGGUGGUGAGGUCCUCGGAGGGAGCCACCGGGAUCCCCGCGCGUGAACCGCACGGCAAACCGGGCCACAGGAGCUGCCUGAGCCCCGGUGCUGCGCCCUACUCCCGGGAGAGGACCGCGGAGCUGGUGCUGGAGGAGAGCGCACGGAGGAGCAUGUGCGCCGACGCCAGGCCGGUCACCGUAUCUUCCUCCGGGCAAAGGCAUCACAAAGACGGCAGCAGUUCGGACAACGAGUCGGACUUCUAUGAGGAAAUUGAUGUGAGCUGCACGCCUGAAAGCAUGGAUUACCCAACAGCUAAUGGUCGAAACGCGGAUUCUCCGGGUCAUUCCCCGGGCGAGACCGGCCCCGACCCGGGUAAGACGGUCCCGGGUCAGGGAUCUCUGUCCUACGGAGCGGACCAGAUCCGGCGGUACCGAACGGCGUUCACCAGGGAGCAGAUCGCCCGCCUGGAGAAGGAGUUCUACCGGGAAAACUACGUGUCCAGGCCGAGGAGAUGUGAACUCGCAGCUGCUCUAAAUCUACCUGAAACCACCAUUAAAGUGUGGUUCCAGAACCGCAGAAUGAAAGACAAACGCCAGCGCCUGGCCAUGACGUGGCCUCACCCCGCAGACCCGGCCUUCUACACCUACAUGAUGAGCCACGCUGCGGCCACGGGGAACCUGCCCUACCCAUUCCCUUCCCACCUGCCGCUGCCCUACUACGCACCCCUGAGCGUUGGCGUGGGGGGCGCCCCGGCCCCCGGCGCCACCCCCUUUUCGACCCCGCUGCGGUCUCUUGACAGUUUCCGGAUGUUGUCUCACCCCUACCAGAGGCCGGAGCUCCUGUGCGCCUUCAGGCACCCGUCCGUGUACCCGUCGGGCCCGGCGCACGGCCUCGGCCCCGGCGGCAGCCCCUGCUCCUGCCUGGCCUGCCACACCAGUCAGUCCAACGGGAUCUCUGGCAGGCCAUCCGCUUCGGACUUUACCUGCUCCCCGACGAGCAGGACGGACGCUUUUGUCACUUUCACGCCUCCGGUGCUCAGCAAAUCUUCAUCUGUGACACUGGACCAAAGGGAAGAGGUGCCUCUGACCAGAUGAAACCCGAACAAACCAACUUUCCCC